CUGGCAGAAAAACAGAAGUGGUUAAUGUUGAAGGAGCUCCACAGGGCAGUGGGGAUUGCGAGGAUGCCCAGGAGCCUGUUUGGCAGAAGGGCUCUGGGAGCCCUCCCGGGCGGUGCCGGUGCUUGUUGCUCUCCGUUACUGUGUGUAGGUUACUGGAUUUUUCACCUUGCGCCUUGGAUGUAUAAAUAGCCCGAGUGACGGGUAGAGACACGACUCGAUCCAGGUGCUGGAGAUGCCACCUCCGAGAAGGAAUGGGAGUGUUGGUGCCGCGAAAGCGAUUUGCACGAGGAGGGAGGGACAGCGGGUGAGAGAUAGGAUGGUAGCUGGGGAGGCGAGUAUGCGCAGCCCAAUCCUGGCCUGCUGGCAGCCGAUUCUCCUGCUGAUGCUGGGCUCCAUCCUGUCCGGCUCCGCCACGGGCUGCCCGCCGCGCUGCGAGUGCUCUGCCCAGGAGCGCGCCGUCCUGUGCCACCGCAAGCGCUUCAUGGUGGUGCCAGAGGGGAUCCCCACCGAGACCAGGCUGCUGGACUUGGGCAAGAACCGCAUCAAGACGCUCAACCAGGAUGAAUUUGCCAACUACCCUCACCUGGAGGAGCUGGAGCUGAACGAGAACAUUAUCAGUGCCAUUGAACCUGGGGCUUUCAACAACCUCUUCAACCUCAGGACGCUGGGGCUCAGGAGUAACAGACUCAAGCUGAUCCCCUUGGGGGUGUUUACUGGACUCAGCAACCUUACCAAGCUAGACAUUAGUGAGAACAAAAUUGUGAUCCUCCUAGACUACAUGUUCCAGGACUUGUACAACCUGAAGUCUUUGGAGGUGGGGGACAACGACCUUGUCUACAUCUCCCACCGGGCCUUCAGUGGCCUCAACAGCCUGGAGCAGCUGACCCUGGAGAAAUGCAACCUGACCUCCAUCCCCACGGAGGCCCUGUCUCACCUUCACGGCUUGAUCGUGCUGCGGCUGCGGCACCUGAACAUCAACACCAUCCGGGAUUACUCAUUCAAGAGGCUCUACCGGCUCAAGGUCCUCGAGAUCUCACACUGGCCAUACCUGGAUACUAUGACAUCCAACUGCCUCUAUGGGUUGAACCUGACCUCCUUGUCCAUCACCCACUGCAACCUGACGUCCAUCCCGUACGUGUCGGUGAGGCACUUGGUUUACCUCCGGUUCCUGAACCUGUCCUACAACCCCAUCGUCACCAUCGAGGGCUCGAUGCUCCAUGACCUGCUCAGGCUCCAAGAGAUCCAGCUGGUGGGAGGGCAGCUCACCACAGUGGAGCCCUUCGCCUUCCGCGGCCUCAAUUACCUGCGCAUCCUGAACGUGUCAGGGAACCUGCUGACCACCCUGGAGGAGUCAGCUUUCCACUCGGUGGGCAACCUGGAGACGCUCAUCCUCGACAACAACCCCUUGGCCUGCGACUGUCGGCUGCUCUGGGUUUUCCGGCGGCGAUGGAGGUUGAACUUCAACAAGCAGCAGCCCACCUGCUCCACCCCCGAGUUCGUCCAGGGCAAGGAGUUCAAGGACUUCCCUGACGUCCUCCUGCCCAACUACUUCACCUGCCGCCGAGCGCGGAUACGGGAUCGCAAACCUCAGCAGAUCUUCGUGGACGAAGGCCACACGGUGCAUUUUGUCUGCCGGGCAGAUGGGGACCCGCCGCCCACCAUCAUGUGGCUCUCUCCCCGGAAGCACCUCAUCUCUACCAAAACCAACGGGCGGCUCACUGUCUUCCCUGACGGCACGCUGGAGGUGCGCUACGCCCAGAUCCAGGACAACGGCACCUACCUAUGCAUCGCCAGCAACGCGGGUGGCAACGACACCAUGCUGGCCCACCUGCACGUGCGCAGCUACUCCCCAGACUGGCCCCACCAGCCCAACAAGACCUUCGCGUUCAUCUCCAACCAGCCCAACGAGAGCGAUGCCAACAGCACGCGCGCCACCGUGCCUUUCCCCUUUGACAUCAAGACUCUCAUCAUCGCCACCACCAUGGGCUUCAUCUCCUUCCUGGGCGUCGUGCUCUUCUGCCUGGUGCUCCUCUUCCUGUGGAGCCGUGGGAAAGGCAACACCAAGCACAAUAUUGAAAUUGAGUACGUGCCACGCAAGUCCGACGCGGGCAUCAGCUCUGCCGACGCGCCGCGCAAGUUCAAUAUGAAAAUGAUUUAACCAGGCAACAAUUUGCAAAUAAUAAUGGUGUUGUUUUGUUUGUUUUUUUUUUUUAAAA